AAAAAAAAAUUUCGGACUGUCAGUAUUUAAGGAUUUUUUGCUUCCGUUUAAAAAGAGAAAUCGACCGAAGAAAGAAGCUCCGGAACUUUGCGAGUUUUAAGCUUUGUAGAUUGAGACGAGGUAGGACCCGCGGCCGCCAAGGACAAAAGAUCACGAGGACCCCAGGCGGCCCCUCCCAACCCAAAUAAGUCUUUGGCCUUAUUGACCCGUUCCCUAAGAAAACAUCCUGGAUCCCAGUAUGACCAAAGCUGAAAUGGGCAAGCUGAAUAGCACCCGAGAGGAGGACAGCAGCAGCUAUAGCUCUAACAGCAACGACUUCAGCUAUCACUACCCCACCAAAUCAGCUGCGAUGAAGAGCCAUUACGUAGAUAUGGAUCCAGAAAACCAAAAUUUUUUACUUGAAUCCAACCAAGGGAAGAAAAAAUAUGAAACUGAAUAUCAUCCAGGUACAACUUCCUUUGGAAUGUCAGUAUUUAACCUGAGCAAUGCUAUUGUGGGCAGUGGCAUUCUUGGACUUUCUUAUGCCAUGGCAAACACAGGAAUUGCUCUCUUUGUAGUUCUCUUAGUCUUCGUGUCAAUAUUUUCUCUGUAUUCCGUUCACCUUCUUUUGAAGACUUCCAACGAAGGAGGAUCUUUAUUAUAUGAACAAUUGGGAAUGAAAGCAUUUGGCAUGCCUGGAAAACUUGCAGCAUCUGGAUCAAUUACAAUGCAGAACAUUGGAGCUAUGUCAAGCUACCUCUACAUCGUGAAAUAUGAGUUACCAUUGGUCAUCAAAGCGUUUUUGAACAUUGAAGAGCAUUCAGGAGAAUGGUAUUGGUAUACUAAUGGCGAUUAUUUGGUUAUAUUAGUAUCCUUGGUGCUCAUUCUUCCUUUGUCACUGUUGAAAAAUUUAGGUUAUCUAGGCUACACCAGUGGAUUUUCCUUAUUGUGCAUGGCCUUCUUCCUUAUUGUGGUCAUUUGCAAGAAAUUUCAAAUUCCUUGUGGAGUGGAACAUGAUCUAAUUAAUGCAACUCUGAACAUUACCAUGGAGCAACUGGUGUUUGCAAAUGAAACAAAUGUUAAUGCAACCUAUGAUUCCUGUGUACCAAAAUAUUUUAUCUUCAACUCAAAGACUGUCUAUGCUGUACCUAUCCUGACAUUUUCUUUUGUCUGUCAUCCUGCUAUUCUCCCUAUUUAUGAAGAACUGAAAGGCCGAACCCGCAGAAGAAUGAUGAAAGUAUCCAAUGUUUCAUUUUUUGCUAUGUUCCUCAUGUACCUCUUGGCUGCUCUCUUUGGAUACUUGACAUUCUAUGGAAAGGUGGAAGCCGAAUUGCUUCAUACUUAUUCAGCAGUGCUUCAGACUGAUAAUCUCCUUCUGAUUGUGCGCUUAGCAGUCCUGAUGGCAGUCAUUCUUACUGUUCCAGUUGUGAUUUUUCCAAUCCGCAGUUCCGUCACACAAUUGCUGUGUGCAGGCAAAGAAUUUAGUUGGGUUCGUCAUUGUAUUAUUACAGGAGCUAUUUUGGUAUGCACCAACGUUCUCGUCAUUUUUGUUCCCACAAUUCGAGACAUAUUUGGAUUCAUUGGUGCCUCUGCUGCUGCCAUGCUAAUCUUUAUACUUCCAUCAGCUUUCUACAUUAAGCUUGUGAAAAAAGAAUCCAUGCAAUCUGUGCAAAAAAUUGGGGCUCUCCUGUUCCUGCUAAGUGGCACAAUUGUGAUGAUUGGAAGUAUGACCUUAAUCAUUGUGGAUUGGAUCAACAAUUAACCUACCUGCUUUAUUCAUUCGUCUUCAUUCUGCCAUCUUCUGGGAGGAAAAACCUUCUGCCUAUGUUUGCAGCUCUGCUUCCUUUGAUGCUAGUACUUCUAAUGGUAGAACAGAUGGAUUUUAAAGAAAGAAAAACAAAAGAAACUAUUCUGCACAAGAAUAGAUACUAAUAUCAAGUCAGCUGAAUCUUUGGCUGAGUGAAGUGACUUUUUUUUUUAUUCCAUUCCAGGGAAUGGAUGGCUCUCUCUGUAAAAAUUUAUCAAGCCAUGUUGGGCUUUGGACAUUGUUACUUGGAUUCUUUAUUUACUUGAAUGUGCCUAAUGGAAACAAUUGGUGUGAGAAGUAAAUUAGUUUACAGCAAGUUGUAAGCUAGCCAUUAAAAGGAAGGGAAAAAACAGUUAUUUUUAUACCAAAUAACUAUGGACUCAAAAGCACUAUUUUGACUUUUAAGAAAACAUUUUAUAAGUUAAAGAUUCAAAUAAGGGUAAGAAAAAAAUCAGUAUACUGUUUAAUCAGUAUCCUCAGUUCAAAAUGUUUGCCUGUCUACAGAGACAUGUUCUUAAAAUUAUAUUUUUCACCUCAAUAAGCUUAUUUUUUAAAUCUGUUAUAACUAAUGUUUAAUUGACUAUCUUGAAAGAAUAGAACUAAAAUUAAAUUCCAUUUGUAAUUUUAGUUAUUCUAACACUAAAACCAAACAAAGAUUUGUUAAGAAGUCCCAAUUAUAGUAUACUGAGGUACUCAGUAGUGCAAUUACAGAAGAUAAAAACUUUUUAUUCUUUUUUUUAUUUGGUCUCACCAAAGCACAAUAAAUUGUUAGAUAAUGUGAUGUUCCUAGCAAAAUAAUCUGGCUUUUUAGUAUUUAAAACAAAAAUAUUGAGGUCAUGCUAUAGUUUACUGGAGGUAAAGUAUACAGAUAGUGUGGUACUUUUCAGAUGCAUGUUUUCAUUCAUUAUUAAUAUUUUAUAUUAUGUUACAUAAUUGCACCAGAGUUUGGUGCAUGUGACAAAAUUCUUUUCAUAAAAUAACUGGAUUUCUUAAUGCAGUUUUCUAAACUGUCGUGUGUGUGUGUGUCUGUGUGUGUAUACACACACACACACACACUUGUUACUAAAUGAAUGGGUUUCAGUAUUAUUGGAACAGUGGGGUAACAACCAUAGGUCAUGUACAGUGGAUAUCCAGAACAUGAUCCUGCCCUAACUGGACAACAACAUUCAAAGAACAUAUGAACUGGGCAUACAUACCUCACUCCUAUCUGUCUCCCAUUCAUCAUUUUGCCCAGAAACUCAAGAAGAGCUGAAUGUUGAUACAGGGAAUUCAUACAUACUUCCCAUUUCUAUUAUUACCGUAAUUUAAAGAGAUAUUUAAUGAAUUUGCCAUGUGGGAUAGAGGAUAAAAUCUUCUCUAUUAUGCUUUGUAGUAAUAAAUCUGUGUUGCAAGUGCUGCAUUUGCCAGAGAAAGGAGCAUAUUCCAGUUUGGUUACUACACAUAUUAAUUAUACUAUUUCAACCCCAAGAUGUAAAGAAAUUUAGGACACUUUUUCAUUUCACAAAAAUUGCUGAGCAGAUUUUCUGCCAGAAUCUAAAAAGACAGAAUUUAACUAGGUAAUGUUCAGAGGAUUAUUUUCAUCUGGCAUAAUCUAUCUUAAUAGUACUAGCUCAAUAGUAACUAUUGAGUUAGAGCAAUCAAAAAAGGCAUGUAAUUAACCGGAACAUUUUUUAAGUGUAGGUUCAUUUUAAAAAAUAUAUACAGCAAAUAUUUCCCAUUGCAUUCUGAUUCUUAGCCUAAUAAUGUUUCAUUAGGGUGCUUUUAAUAUUUCCCCUUAUUGACCUAGAAAGGCUAGACUUCAAGCCAUGGUUCUAGAUAGAAUAUAAUCUGUACUUGAAUAAUAGUUGUGAUAAUCUCUUUUAUUCCUAAAAUAUUAGUAACUAACACUAGUACUGUU